GUGGCUUAGUAUUGAACUUGAAUCGCCUACAGGAAAACUGGAUUUGUUUUUAGAAUUUUAGAUUUGUUUUGUUCGGAACGAUGUGCUCAAAAGUAUCGUAGGGUUCAGACCUAUCAAAUCAAAUUUGACUUCAUCAUAAUAAGACGCGCAAAAGUUCUUGAAAUUUUAGCAGAAUCAUCCACUUGCUUUGUAGUUUGUGCUCCAUCUCAGCUGUUUGGAGGUGACUGACGUUCGAACAAUCAACUUAUCAACCUUCUUGACGUACUGCCUACAAAGCCAAAAGUUCGUACGGGUUGAAGAAAAACGUUUGAGAAAUAAUCUUGUUUGAUUUACAUGAAAGUGUGAGUUUUAAAGUGUCUUCGAUCUAGAAAUAUGAGUGAAUUGAGCCAAGAAGAGAUACGCAGAAGACGAAUAGCAAGAUUAGCUGCUUUGGAAAGGGCAUGUCCUACUUCACCCUCACCUCAGUCAACACCUAUUUCUCAAUCCCCAAUAAACUCACAACGAGCCCUUAGUGUAGAGCCCUUCGAUGAGCCAAAACCUACUGAUGAUAUUCAUGCUGUGGAAGAAAAGACGAACGAAGAAAACUCGUCAAACAGUGAAGGAAUGCGAACAAGCGAUGGGGUAUUUCAAAUUCCAAGCAAACCCAUAGACGUUCCUUGCACUACUAGGCAGAGAUCUAGACCUCCACCUCAAAGGAGCGACUCUGAUACCAGCUCCACCCACAUGGAAGUCGACGAGUGUAUCGGUUCCAGCGAUAAAAUAGGGGGAGCUAAUACAGACAUCGAUUCUGGAUUCGAAAACAUGGAAGUCGAUGAAGGAGAUGUCAAAAGGGAAAGGAAGCGAGCGGGUUCGCUGGAGAUGACGGACGAACAGCUCCACAACACCGUGGCAAGGAUACUGGGCGCCACCUACAGGCAAGAGGUGAAAUCACGACUGUAUCUGCCGCAGACGGCGGAAAUGUUAGCGCAGUCGCAGAACCCCCGAGUGCCUGAACUGAUCUCCAGUUCCAUCAUGGAGGUGUUAGUCAGGAUCAGGGAGGGGGAAGACCCCUUUCAAGAAGUCAUGAUGGAAUUUAACGCUGAUAACGGUGAAUGCGGCAGUAUGAAGUCUUUCUCUGCUAGUCCCACUUUGAACUUGAGUCCUUCUCCAAGCCCUGUAAGCAGUUGCCCCAUCGCGGUGACGCCCCUUCAAGGCAGCUAUUGCAACGAUGGUACCCGCACAGGCAAGGCACUCAAUUUUCUGUUGGACUCUUAUUCGAGGGUCGGCAUCGAAGAGAGAAAUCACCCGAGAAAAUCCAGUAUUCCUCCUCUGAACGCAGUUUUGGCUGAACUUAGAGCACAAUUGGUUCAAUACGCUAGUUUGUUGCUGCAGGGUAUCAUCAUUCCGAUUGAAGAAAAAUCAACGCAUGGCGUCAAAUCGCCGUUAUUCAAGUCUCUGAUGGAUCAAACGUUGCCCCGCGGUUUUCUUUCGGAAUUGGUGGCAAGCAUCCAUACAGAUGAAAAUAUGAUGUCUGUGAUAUUCGGACCGAUACUUCAAGGUUUGUUUGAAGUAAUGCAAGACGCCAGCAUGGUGGACGAUAAGCAUCGCGGACCAAUACAGACGCUGCUGGAACUGGCGGAGCUCAGAUUCACCAAUAGGCCCUUCUGCAGUUUCAUAACGAAGCAGCCCCAGUUCAUGCCGGACAUAUGCACACCGAUACCCGGCAGAGAAAUUAGUUGCACUUCGUUCUUAGCUCCAUUCUUGUCGGUUUCGGUAUUUGACGAAGAUGAGCCAUUGAUAGCCGAGAAGUUUUUCUCCGGGAAUUCGCAAACGGACAAAUCCGUCAACCAGACGCUACAGCUCGAAUUGGAGAACACGAGAACAAGUUUAUACCGGAUUUUUCACUGCCUAUUGGCCAACAUGGAAAGCAGGGAUCCUACAUUGAACUACAUCGCUUUCGUACUGAAGUGCAACGAAAAACGAUCUCAGAUGCAGGCCAAUGAGGGAGCUCUGGCAGGGGACGGGUUCAUGGUGAACCUACAAACCAUACUUCAGAUGCUGUCGGUCAAGAUCAAGCUAGACAAGAUAGAUCCCUUAUAUCCCUUCCAUCCGGAGACCAUGGUCAACAUCAAGAACGAGACCAGGAUUAAGUUCACCUCUCAGGAAGUAGAUAAUUGGUUGGAAAGCUCAAAGGACUCGAUAAAGUUCCAACCGCCGAACUUCUCGACAAUCUGUUGGUUCCUCACCUUACACUGCCAUCAUUUGUCUUUGCUGCCGGCCCUCCAGAAGUACCAGAGACUCUUGAAGUCAAUCAGAGAGUUGCAGAAACUAGUUGACGAAAAGGUAGCGACUGAAGCGCAAUGGAAGAAUACACCCCAAGCUCACCACAACAAGAUACUAAUAAAGAGGUGGAAGUUGGAACUGAAAAAGAUGAAUAAUUCUAAGCUGUGUGCUGAUGCUGGACUCCUAGAUAAAGGUUUAAUGAGGAGAACAUUGAUUUUCUACACUUCUGUGGCUGAAUAUCUUCUGAUGUUGAUGAACAAGGAUGAUGCUGAGAGCAGUGCUGUGUUUUCAGCUCUACCCGAGUGGUACAUUGAAGAUAUUGCAGAGUUUCUCUUGUUCACCUUACAGUCAAUGCCGUCAGUGGUAGCCGACAACAUGGAGAACACGAUGAUCACCUGGCUGCUCGUGUGCAUCUGCAAGUCUUCCAUGAUCAAGAACCCCUAUCUGGUGGCUAAGAUCGUCGAGGUUGUCUUCGUAAUCAGCCCCUCCAUACAUCCGCGUUGCGAAAACUUGCAUUCGCGACUGAUGCACCAUCCCCUGUCGCAGGACACGCUCCCCAGUGCACUCAUGAAAUUUUACACUGACGUCGAAACCACCGGUUCAAGUUCCGAGUUUUAUGACAAAUUCUCGAUCAGGUAUCACAUCAGCUUGAUCAUCAAAGGUAUGUGGGACUCGCCAGUACACCGUCAAGCCCUAGUAAACGAAUCGAGAAACGGCAAACAGUUUGUACGAUUUGUGAACAUGCUGAUGAACGAUACCACAUUUCUGUUGGAUGAAUCACUGGAGAGCCUGAAACGUGUACAUAAGAUACAGGAACUGAUGAACGAUGAAGCCAGAUGGUCGAAAUUGACCUCGGAACAACAACAGAGCCGGACCAGGCAACUUGCAGCGGACGAACGACAGUGCAGAUCUUACCUAACGUUGGGCAGGGAAACUGUCGACAUGUUCCAUUACCUCACCAUCGAUAUCAAGGAACCUUUUCUCCGUCCUGAACUGGUUGACAGGUUGGCCUCCAUGCUCAACUUCAACCUGCAACAGUUGUGCGGUCCAAAAUGUAAAAAUUUAAAGGUUAAGAAUCCCGAAAAGUACGGUUGGGAACCGAGAAGACUGCUGAGUCAACUAGUUGACAUCUACCUCCAUCUAGACUGUGAUAAAUUUGCAUCAGCCCUUGCCGGUGAUGAAAGAUCGUUCAGAAAAGAGCUUUUCGAUGACGCUGUAGUAAGGCUGCAGAGGAUAGGAAUCAAGUCGACAACGGAAAUAGAACAGUUUCAAGCUUUGGCGGAGAAAGCUCAUAAAGCCUGGGUGAACAAUCAGAAAACGGAUGAUUGGAUGUCGGACGCCCCGGAAGAAUUCAAAGAUCCUCUUAUGGACACCCUGAUGACUGAUCCUGUUCGUUUGCCGAGCGGGCAAGUUAUGGAUAGGGCGGUAAUCAUGAGACACCUGUUGAACAGCAAUACGGAUCCUUUCAAUAGGCAACCUCUAACUGAAGAGAUGUUAGUCCCUGCUCUGGACCUGAAAGAAAGGAUCACGAACUGGAGAUCCAAAAAAGCCAGAUCGUCUUCAAACUAAUAAUUCUUUAAGUUAUAUCUGAAUUGUAAUUAUUUUUAUAUGCGAAUAAAUCAUGUAUGUAGAUAUUUGAUGUAGGCCUGAAUAUCUCGGAAUCAAAUAUUUCAUUAAUUUCGACAAGGUAAAUAUCAAUUCAUUCUUUAAAACAAAGGCUGAUUUUGAUAUAGAGGAUCUCUUUAUUCUUAAGUUGUGCUGCUACGGAAACUUAGAAACAGGAAGAACUGCCAUAGUGAUGUAAUGGAAAUAGACGAUUUUUGCUUUUCGAAUAGUUAAUUCUAAUCUGAAUUGCCAACGUUCUUUUUGUAUAUAAAGAUUGACUAGUUGUAUAUUUAGAAACUUGGAGAUUGAUUAUAUUCUUAGGUUUAAGGUAAAGGAUAAAUUUGUCUUUUUCUGGUUACGUUGACUCAAUAUUAUUUGCCAGGAAAAGUCGAGUUUCAGUCUGAACAAGAAUUUUUUAUAUGAAACUAAAUUGUAUUUGUGGUCUAAUAGAAUUUUUACUUGAA